AUGGCAUCAACGUCCAGCUCUCUUCUCAGGCGGCAGGUAAUACAGCGCCUGCCGGCAUCAGCUUCCCAGUCGCUUCGCCCGCUUGCUGGCAUCUCCGAAUACCAGAGCCUUCGCAAUGCUUGUCAACAUCAGGUUAGACUUGUGACUUCAUAUGAUUCGCCAUGGCUAGAAAAAUCUCCAAGGCGUCGUUUGGCCGUGGCAUCCAAAGGUGCUCAGCACAGGGGGUUGCGUCCCGCUGCCCCUACAGCUUUUUAUCCAGUGCCGAUGCGACAAUUUUCUUCCGUGCAGUCUGCAGAGAACACGGUCACGCCGGAUGCGAGUUUUCAGCCCAUUAUCCAUGAUAUAUUUGAAGAGAAAACGGGCACCUGGCAGUAUGUAGUUGCCGAUCCAAAUACUCUGACGGCUACCAUUAUCGAUUCAGUGUUGGACUACGACCCUCUGGCACGCACCAUAUCUACCCAUUCAGCCGACAAGAUACUUUUGUUGAUUAAAAGAAUGGGCUACAGGGUGGAUAGUAUUUUGGAGACGCACAUCCAUGCAGAUCAUCUGACAGCAGCGCGCUAUCUUCAGACGUCUCUUCACAAAGAGCAGGGAUAUUUGCCUCUUAUCACUGUGGGCAAGCGCAUCGUACAUAUCCAAGAGCUGUUCCGUCAAAAAUACGGUCUAUCAGAGGAAGAAACACGGGGCGUUUUCGACAGAUUUCUCGAUGAUGAUGAAAGAUUCCACAUUGGCUCCUUGGAAGCCCAAGCGAUCCAUCUUCCAGGCCACACUCCAGACCACAUGGGAUUCAAAAUAGGAGAUAACAUUUUUUGCGGCGACUCCGUUUUCCAUGCGGACAUUGGCUCGGCGCGUUGCGAUUUCCCGGGCGGCAGCGCCGAAGACCUCUAUGCUUCGGCUCGCAAGCUACUCAGCUUCCCGGACCAUGUCAAGAUAUGGACUGGCCACGACUACCCUUCACAGAGCCGUAGCGAACCCGUACCUUAUCUUAGCGUUGGUGGUCACAGAGCGCAAAAUAAGCAUUUAAUGGACGGGUACAGCAAGGAUGAAUUCGUUGCCUUGCGGCGUGAACGCGAUUCGAAGCUUGCCGAGCCGAGGCUGCUGCACCAGUCUCUGCAAAUGAAUAUCCGGGCGGGGAGUUUGCCGAAACCGUCGCCCGAGGGAGACCGGAUGCUUCACACGCCGCUUGACGUGAAACAGCUCGGCAUGUAG